AUUCAGCAGACACGCGUCUCGAAUUAAGUAACGCAUCUUCGCGACUGUAAGCGGACUUGUUUAUCGUGAUUGGUAGCUGAAAAGUCGAGUUGUUCUUCAGAAGAGAUUGAAGCGUGUCAGGGAGUAAACUCGUCCAGUGGAGUAAUAACGUAUCGAGAUAGUCGUGAAAGAGAUACGGAGUAGUAUUUAAUUAUCAUUAGUAAAGAUUAUCUGCGGUUCGCGUGCAUAUUCGAAAUGUUGAUCGUUUUUGAACAAUGAAUCAUUUUGGAAAGCGUUUUACGUCAGAAAUAGAAAGGAACGAAAGCGGAAUAAUACAAAGAGGAGAAAAGAUAAGAAACGGAUCGUAAAAGAAUUUCGAAGAAAUACGAACUUCGGGAUAAUUUUAAGUUUGAAAAUAUCUAUGAUCGUACCAGUUAACCUUUGUAUUUAGAAAUAAAAACAGAUAACUAAUUUCUUUCUAAACGAAUAGCCAAGACAUUCCAAGAAGGUCAUCUUUAUUAUCUGUCUUUUUUUUAUCUGGUAUAUCCACUAGGAACGAUCAACAUGAAAUCCCGAAGGAACACGACUGUAAUUAUCGAAUUAUGCGCAACUCAAUACAUAUACGAGUACACACACACACAAACAAACAAACAAACAUACACACACACAUGCAUGCAAUAUAUAUUUUUAUAUAUAUACAUACGAUUUACUUAUUAACAAGAUUUCUUCGACGCGUUUCUACGCAUUGAUAUGAUAUUAGAAAAUGUUACGACCUAAAAUUCUUCGCGAACAUUAGAAACGAGCGGCGAUAAGGAAGAAGCUCUUAGCUACUCUCUCAUAUCACUGUACAUAUUUCUUCGUAAACAGUAAGUAAUAAUCGUUCAAAAGUAAACAUUUACAUUGGUAAAAAUUCUCUUCCGUUGUCAAUCAAUAAUCAAUCGGAUAUGUCACGCUUUUAGAACGACAUAAAGAUAAUCACGAUUUUCUCGUAUAUUUAAGACGACACGCGCUCGAGAAUCAAUCGCAACAAUGUCCAAUGGGUAAAAAAAAAAGAUUUGAAUAUUACCGAGAAACGUUAUCCGACAUUUCUCGCCGCAUUACGAUAGCGUAGGACGUACCGGAGAGAUGAUGAAUUGCGUUUGUCUCUCUUGUAAAUCCUUUCAAAGUAGAAAUACAUACAUAUAUAUGUGUAUACGUGUUUGUCUGUAACACGAAGAAAAUACACACGUGAAGAAAAUCCGUGUGAGUCGAAGAGUUUUCGCAUGUGUAUGUGUGUAUAUGUGCGCGCAUACGAACGAGCAAUGCGAGGGAGUUCUCGAAGUCGGUCUUUAGUCGGUCUUUAGUUUCGAGUAAGCAUUCGUUCAAGAGAGGAUUCACCGUCCCCUCGUACGCGUUCACGCACCCUCAUUCUCACUCUCACUCUCAUUUUCAUUCUCUCUCACUCUUUCUCUCUCCCUCUCUACCCUUCUCUUUUUCUUUUUCUUUUUCUCCUUCUUAUUCGUCUUCUUCCGGCUUAAUCGUCCACCACCCAGCCGGCGAUUCGUAUGUUCUUUUAUCCUUGUCCACGAGCAUCCUCGGACUUCCGUUCGCCAGUGAGCUACAUUUCACGUAGUGUUUACAUCAAGAAUAGUCAAGUAUUAUCUUGAAAUCAAAUUUCAUCCCCCGACCAUCUAACUCGAUCGAAUAAUAAUAGUGUCGGUUUUGUGUUGAUCGCCUAAGAUAAAUAAAUCAGUGCGUCAUUAUAGUGAACUAUGACAAAUCUCGAUCGAGCUCAUGGAUAUAAAGAGAAACGAUAGUUCUCUCAGAAAUAACGAGAAAAGUGUUGGAUAAAUCGACAAACGACGGCGAUGCCUUUCGCGAAAGCUAUGACGACGUUAACGCAUCGAUGGUAAUUGCCGGCGGGGAAGUGCAAAGUGCAACGAACGAGAGCAGAAAAGUUUUUUUUUUUUCUUUUUUUAUAUCUUCCUUUCUUUCUUUCUUUCUUUUUUUUUUCUUGUAAUUCUUUUCGCGAAAGAAAGAAAGUCGAUCUCGCUUCCUCGUUCAUCUUCUUCCAUCGCUCAUGUUCGGUAUGGAUCGACGAAGAACUCCAAGAAGGAGAGGUCUCUCUCCUUCCAUCAAUUCUUCGCAAACAGAACCAUCAGUUGUACCAUCGUCGACGAGUCAGCAAUUGGAAACGAUAACUGAGUUCCCGGCAACCGAUGGUGCUACCGUAAUCAGUGGAUGCAAAGAUCGGCCUACCAUCUGUGGAAAGGAGGCUGCUUGUCGUAGCUUCCGUGACAACACCUCGCAAUGCGUUUGUCCUCAUGAUUCCUCCCCACCUACAUCAGACCUCAAAUGUCCGAAUCGUUUAACAGUCCCUUUGACUCCACGACCCAUACACAAUAUAAUACCACCAAGUGGUAAUGGCACGAACAGUACCACUGCUCUACCAGAAGCAGAACAGUAUUACGAUGUUAUUAUGCAGGUUGAACGUUCGAGACAUAAAGUACCUGAAAUAGUUGGAAUUGCGAUAGCUUUCAUCGCGGUGCUAGUUAUCCUCUUGAGUAUAGUUUAUUGUGUGAGGAGACGAAGUUAUGGUGUAAAGUCGCAGAGGAAUUCGUUGGAUGUAAGCAAGAUGAUAUUGAAUAUUUUCAAUAUUAUCAAGACAUCUUGCAUCUUUUUACUUUCCUCUACUUUCCAGGCGUCUCCGAUGAAUCUGAAAAAGGGAUUAUUGUUAGCAAACAAAUACACGCCUAAUCCUCAAUACUUUAGUUGUACCUCACCGGAGGUAUUAAUUUUACAACGUGAAAAUCUUGUAUUUCUACAUGAUAUCGGCGAAGGUUGCUUUGGUAAAGUUUAUAAAGGAGAAUUACAAAAUGGAGAUUUAAAUGAGAUCGUCGCGAUAAAGGUUUUAAAAGAUACUGUCUCUAGAGAAGCAGAAGAAGAUUUUAUGCGAGAGGUAGAUAUCAUGUCAACCUUCGAACAUAGAAAUAUUUUAACUUUGAAAGGUGUGGUUCUUCGUGAUGCUGGAAACAGUCCUUGGAUGGUCUUCGAGUAUAUGCCAUACGGUGAUCUUGCUGAAGUUUUGAGAUCUAACUCAAGACAGCUACAUUCACCUAAUCCUGGAUUAGAACCGUUGACGAAGGAUUCUUUACAUUGGAUAUCCGUUCAAAUAGCUGCUGGUAUGACGUAUCUAUCAGCUCAAAGAUUCGUUCAUCGUGAUUUAGCUUGUCGUAAUUGUCUCGUUGGAUCUGGACUCGUUGUUAAAAUUGCAGACUUUGGAAUGUCAAGGGACAUCUAUACUUGCGAUUAUUAUAAAAUCGGUGGCUCGAGAUUAUUGCCAGUCCGAUGGAUGUCGCCAGAAAGUGUGAUGUACGGUCGAUUUACUUUAGAAAGUGACGUUUGGAGUUUCGGAGUUGUCCUUUGGGAGGUCUACUCCCUUGGCAAACAACCUUAUUACGGACAUAAUAACGACGAGGUGGUCAAGUUGAUCCUACAUGGAAUUAUGUUGAUCCCUCCUGACGAAUGCCCACCGUUCAUUUGUCAAAUAAUGCGUGAGUGUUGGAAGACAGAACCAAGAGAUCGUAUAAAAUUCUCUGACAUACUAGAGAAAUUAGAGAAAGUCCAAGGAAAAUUAAAUCAACAGGGAACUUUACCAAGACCACCUCAAGGACCUGUUACCAUUCGUACUCCUGAUGUUCUAGAUCCUGAUGGUUACUUAUUGCCUGCACCAACAACGCCUCGCGAAUAUUUGCAGACAUUACCGGCCUUGUCCGAUUAACGAUAUCUCUAUUGAUAUUUCUACACGAACGAUCGUUGAUGUUUUGUAAAUUUGUGGUUUUUUUUUUCUUCUUUUUUAAUGCGAUACUUAUAUAUGAUGAUCGAGAUUAAAACGAUCCUACGUGCUGUGAGCAAUGAUCGAUACGAAUGAAAUGCACGUUAAUGAUAUCAGGGAAUUAACGAAGGUUCGGACCAUCGAUCCUUCAAUGUCCACGCAAUAGUAUUAUUCCUAUUCUUAGGAUAAGUUCAUGGAACGAAAGUUGUUAUACGUAUACAACUAAUGUAUCAUAUUUCGAGAUAAUUUAUUAAAUACUUGACGCAAAGUCGAUUGACUGCACGAGAGCACAGUAAAUGAUAAUUUGCUCCAGUUUGUAUACUUGAUUUCUUUUGUAAAAUAAUAAUAUAUGAACGUAAGAAUAUAUAACAUCCGUUUUUU